AUGGAGAAGCAGGGAAAGGCCGUUAGUAAGGAUCAAUUGUAUGGUAUUCUCGAGACCCGUAAUAUUGAACAUGUACAGUUCGGCCUAGAACAACGUUUCCCAACAUGGUAUGGUAGUACAGCAUAUUUUCAACUCUCUUCUCGAAAGUUGGGCGUUAGAGACCCGGACGGUAGGCUGUCGUCUCGCGACCUUGCACAUGUUGGAAAUAAGAGUGCCAAGAUUAAGGUUGAGACUCAGCUCAUACAAAAAUCAAACGAUAUAUGGCUGGAUACUCUGUAUGUGUGUGAGUACUGUUUCAAGUACACGGAUGAUGCGUCGGAAUUACAGCAGCACGUUGCUAAUUGUCCACAUCGUCGGAAAGGGCUUGGUAGAUUGCAGUACCGAAGCCCUGAUUUGAGCAUUCGCAAAGUUCAUGGCAAGCAGCACACGCUUUUUUGUCAGUGCCUGUGUCUUUUCACCAAGCUUUUUCUUGACAACAAAUCCAUGUACUUCAAAGUUGAUCACUACGAUUUCUAUAUCGCUUAUGAGGCCCAAACCAACAAGCCCAUGGCCUUUUUCUCCAAAGACCUCAUCUCGUAUCAAAAGAAUAACCUCGCAUGUAUUCUCACCCUUCCGCCUUAUCAGAGACGAGGCUUGGGUACCCUUUUGAUGGAGUUUUCCUACAAGCUGUCAAUCCGCGAAGGAUUGAUUUCAGGACCAGAACUGCCGCUAUCGCCUUUUGGACUCGUUAGUUAUUUGAAGUUUUGGUCGUCCUUGGUAUGCAACCAGUUUAUUAAAGGGAAUCUGAGCGACCGAGGCCGUGUAAGCCUCGAUGAUAUAUCUCAGGCAACAGGAAUGCGGGCUGGCGAUAUUCUGCAAACUUUGAAGAGCCUCAAGUGUCUGACAACGCGAAACGAAAUAUCACUCCAUGCACUCCGACAGUGGACCAAGGACAACAAGCGCCACAGCGGCACGCUUAUUAAUGACGACUUUAUGAUAUUAGACGAUUGA